CGAUGGCUUCCUUAAAGAUCAACUUAAUAGACCUCAAAUAUUUCUCUAUUCUCUUUUAGUUAAUAUACAACUAUUUGAUAUUGUAGAAGUCUGGGAGCUCUUCGGGAUUACAAAGUCAUAUAAGUAUUAUGUUAUUUGUUUAAAUGAUAGUGAAUAUAUAUAUACUUGUUUGUCUAUAAUCAAUCGUGGACUCUAUCUAGAAGAUAUUCAAGAUCAAGAUAAUCAAUUAAAAUUACAAGAAACUAUAGGAGUAUUAAUACAAUUUCAGCAAAACAAUAAUGUAGAAAUGAUGAAUGAUUUAUAUUUAUUUAAUAAGUUCAGACCACAAUGUGCAUUUAUAAAAAAAACUGAUGAGGAUGAUACUGAUGAGAAUAGCGAUGAUGUAUCUAAUUCUGAUAAAUCAUUUAUCAUGAAUAAAAAUAUAGUCAAGU